AUGACUAGAUCAAACAACGUUCAUACCUUGGAACACUCAGUAAAAACAAUUUAUCUUAAACUAACCUCAACGUUCAGAAUCGUCCUGCAAAAACAAUCCCCACGGAUCCAACGAAUUGACAAGGAACAAUCGGCAAAGAUUGGCACGUUGCAACUGCCUCCAGGAGUUCUUCAAAUCGAUAGCCUCACACUUCGAUUGGGAAUCGUGCGGUAUUACCCAGGUGGACAAACUCCUGACUGGGUUCGUGAAGAAAAUGAAAAUGGAGGAGUCGAAUUUGACGUUGGAGAUUUCCGAGGAUUGGCUCAAGCGCAGAUUAUCCCAAGACGAGAGCUUGACAGAGCCCCCAAUGAAGAGGAAAUAGAAGAAAAAGAAGCUGCGGAGCAGAGAUUGCAAGAAAUGGCUGAUGGCUCGGAGGAAACUGAUGAAGAGGAAAAACUGGAGCUUCAGAAAAUAAUUGAAGCUUUCAAUUACCGAGUAUGGAUUUCCCAGUUGAAAUAUGAGGAAUACGUUAGACUGACUGUAACAUCAAGAGAUGGUUUAUUUACCAUUGAACAUGUUAAAUAUGUCAUGUCUCUGGAAGACACCUGGAAAUACUUGAUUAAAAAACUAAUUAAGCCCACUGUGCUGGUAGAGAACUACCUCAUGACUUCUGGCACCGAACCAGAAAUCUGGCCAUUUGGCCCAACCAUGAGAGUGGCCAACUUGAGAGCUGAGAAGAGAUUUUGGAAUUCUAGAGAUAUGCUUCUCUUGAGAGACGCGCUCUGGACUGCUCGUUUCAAAAGUGUACUGUUUUGA